AUGGAGGUUUUAUGGUAUCCUCAAAUGAACCCGUCUCUUCUCUUCGCAUUUUACGGAGUAAAUACAAUACCUAGGUAUCUUAGACACCUACCGGCAGAGAGAACCCUCCUCAAAGACCAGAUGCCUCGAAGUUCGGAUGAGGAUACUUCCGAGUCAAAUUCGCAGCAAAAUAGGCAGAAGGAUCAACAUGUACAUAUCGGCCAAGAUGAUGGCGGCGAGAAAGGAGAGGGGAGAAAGCAAGAGACUGGGCCCGUUGGGUUUUGGAACCCAGCAUUGAAACAAGUGAGGCUGGAUGUCAUCAAACAUUGGCUUCUCACGACCGUGAUCCUCUCAACGUUCAUCCUGGGAAUCCUCUCGCUGUACUGGGGUGCUCUAUUUCGAGUAGAGCAGAACCUGUCAGCUCUUGUUGUAUACGUUGUGGAUUUCGAUGGCCAGAUUGCUCCAUAUACAGAUAUCACGCCCAUCGUCGGUCCCCAAAUCGUCUCGGUAGCAGAAUCGUUGAUUGCACCCAGUGGCUCGCUAGGUUGGGGAUCUCUUCCAGCUUCAGCCUUCAACAAUGACCCCAUGGCAGUCCGGCAAGCUGUCUACAACGAAAAGGCAUGGGCCGCAAUCAUCAUCAAUGCCAACGCAACAGCUCUCCUUCGAGACGCAGUUAUGAAUGGUAACACGACAUACGAUCCCAUGGGCGCAGCACAAAUCGUCUUUGUUGAAGCUCGCGACGAAACCACCGUGGGCAGCUACAUCUUACCGCAGCUCUUUAGCUUCCAAAGCAUGGCUACUACAAUAGUCGGCCGCGCGUGGGCAGGACAAGUCCUAGCCAUGGCCUCCUCCAACAGCGCCAUCAUGUCCAACAUCCAAGCAGCACCGCAAGCUGUGAAUCCUGCCAUUGGUUUCUCAACCUUCAACCUGCGCCCCUUCGGCCCGCCUGUCGCCACACCAGCAGUCACCGUCGGCCUCAUCUAUCUGAUCAUCCUCUCUUUCUUCUCCUUCGGCUUCUACCUACCCAUUCACAUGAAGUUCGUCUCGCCAGGCCAUCGCCCCCUGCACUUCUACCAGCUGGUUAUAUGGCGCUGGUGCGCUACCGUGACAGUAUAUUUGUUCCUGAGCCUCUUCUACUCGCUCAUUUCCCUAGCGUUCCAGAUCCCAUUCAGCACUCCUCCAGCACCAGACAUCAUGGUAGCGAACCCGGCAAACGCGUACCAUUAUGGAAGUUUCGUGGUAUACCGGAUGAUUAAUUUCGUGGGCAUGGUUGCGUUGGGACUGGCUUGUGAAAACGUCGCUAUGUUUGUCGGGCAGCCCUGGAUGGCGUUCUGGUUGAUUUUCUGGGUUAUCACUAAUGUGGCGACGUCCUUCUACUCCAUUACCCUGGCGCCGCGGUUUUACUACUGGGGCUAUGCAUGGCCUCUGCAUAACCUGGUAAAUGCAAGUAGAACUAUUCUCUUCGACACGCACUCUGAAAUCGGCUUGAAUUUCGGUGUUCUGUUCGCGUGGGCUGCUGUUAAUACCGUGCUGUUCCCGCUUGCCUGUUGGUUUAUGAGGUGGAAGACCAUAAGGGCGCAGAAGAAGGAAGCGCAGUCGAAAGAGCAAUGA